AUGGCGAUGGAUCUGGGUUUCUUACGAGGCUUUCGGGUGGGGAGAGAUGUUCUUUCUCAGCUUGAGAUCUCCCAUUUGAUGUUUGCAGAUGACACUUUGGUAAAUGUGGGAAAGAGUGUUUUGGUUCCGGUUGGAGUGGUUCUUGAGAUUGUGGUUGAGAGGAUUGACAAGUUGCAGCGGAAUUUUCUUUGGGGAGGGAAGGGGGAGGAAUUCAAAUAUCAUUUGGUCAACUGGGAGCAGGGUGGAUCAAUUGAGAUUCUUGAGAUGUGUGCUGGUAUGUUUCCAAAUCAUUUCAGGGCUGAAGAUCAACAUUGGGAAAAUGAGUUGGUUCUAGGUAGGGCAGUCGAGGGAAUUCAGGAUUUAGCAAACAUUCUUGGGUUUGGUGUUGGCUCUUUCUUGAUUUCUUACUUAGGGCUACCCUUGGGAGCUAUGUCGAGGAGGACUUCAAUUUGGGAUCCCGUUGUCGAGCGGUUCGAGAGGAGACUUGCAGGGUGGAAGCAGCAGUAUCUUUCGAAAGAGGGGAAGAUUACUCUUAUGAAGAGUACCCCUUCAAAUCUUCCAAACUAUUUCAUGUCUUUUUUCUCGACGCGAAAGUCUGUUGUUUGA